AUGCAGAGUCACAAUUCAACCAUCGUCUACCCCAGCGUUCCGCCGAAUGAAGCGGACCCGCGCUCUCGUAUCAAUGUCAUGAUUGACAUCUUCAACGCUGGUCUUUCAUCACGUGCGGGCAGCAAGUUGGACAGAGGCUUAUAUCACGAGAUCUUCACUGCAUACAAGCUCGUCCAGGAUUAUAAAAUCACGCAUGGCAGCCAGAUCUCCAGACCCCUCACUGAUUUGGAGAAGCGGCAGGGUCUGAAUGGCAGCUCGCAAAUGAUCACGGUGCCCUUGCAGGGUAACAAGUUCAGAGAACUGGACAUGGUCUAUAACGAAGGCGGAUCUACCUAUAUCGUUGAGGCCAAGAACACCAAAACUGUCGAUCACAGUCAGCUCCAGCCAAACAUCCAACUGGCACAGCAAAUCCAAGGAGCCUUAGUGUAUGCCAUUGGCGAAAAGGAUAGUCAGGAGCGGGCUCUCAAAGAGGCAUACAAUAAACUUCAAGCUCAACACCAGACUAGCAAUACUGGGAACUUCCCUGCUUUGCAUGUUAUACGAGUUCCGGACAAAGUCGCGGCCAUCCUAUCGGAUAACAAGCCGAUGAGUCUGCUGUCACUGUCAUCGACAUUCCAGGUUUCCCAGUUCAACAUAGCCGAGGUCUCGGGGGAGUUUGAUCACGAAGAACGCGGGUUUUCGCUAUUUAAAUAA